GGUGCGCAUGGACCGCCGCGGCGGCACCUGGAAGCUCCUCGGUUCCGUCGUCUACGCUCAUCGGCAGGAGCUGAUAACGACUCUCUACAUCGGUUUCCUGGGUCUAAUAUUCGCUUCGUUCCUCGUGUACCUCGCCGAGAAGGACGCCAAUCCUACGAGCUUCUCCAACUUCGCAGACGCCCUCUGGUGGGGUGUGAUCACGCUGUGCACCGUGGGAUACGGCGAUGCUGUGCCCAUCACGUGGCAGGGCAAGGUCAUCGCCUCCUUCUGCGCCCUCCUCGGCAUAUCCUUCUUCGCACUGCCUGCCGGCAUUCUGGGCUCGGGCUUCGCGCUCAAGGUGCAGCAGCAGCAGCGGCAGAAGCACAUGAUCCGCCGGCGGCAGCCCGCAGCCACCCUCAUCCAGAGCCUUUGGCGCUGCUACGCCGCCGACGAGCACUCCAUGUCGGUGGCCACGUGGAAGAUCCACCAGGUGCCGCUGCCCAGCCCGCCCUCUCGCGUCUCUUCCAGCUUCAAGCACAACGCGUCGUUCGUGUCGCGGCUGCCCACCAUCCGCCGCCACAAGAGCUCCUCGCUGCACUCCCCGUCGCUGGCCAAGACCGGUGGCGGCGGGGGCGGCAGCGGUGCGGGGGCGGCGGCGGGGGCGGCCGCAGGUGGCGCCGGCGCCGCAGCCAGCGGGACCCGCGGCUUUGCCGAGCUCAACGCGUCCUCCGAGAACCUCGACGAGGAGGAGGAGCAGCCGCGCUGCGUGCAGCUCACCAACCAGCACAAGGGCGCCAUACGCGCCAUCCGCAAGCUCAAGUAUUUCGUGGCUCGAAGAAAGUUUAGAGAAGCCCUGAAACCGUACGACGUUAAGGACGUCAUUGAGCAAUACUCGUCCGGGCAUGCAGACCUCUUGAACAGGGUGAAAAAUCUGCACUUCAGGUUGGACCAAAUUCUCGGGAAGCAAGGUUCAAAGGCGAAAGAUGUAUAUGCAUCAAAAAUCAGUCUAGCGUCGAGAGUCGUUAAAGUUGAAAGACAGGUGGACGACAUCGAGAUGAAACUGGACCAGCUGAUCGAGAUGUACCUGGAGGACCGCAAGCGGCUUCUGGCGCUGCCGCUGCCCACGGACUCGGGCCCGCCCCCGCCGCCCGCCCCCGCGCCACCGCCCGCUCCGCCGCCUACGCCAGCGCUCCGCCCCAAACCCAUUCUCAUCGACAAGCAGGCGUCGGAGCCCAACACGCCCAUCGCCAAGAGCUUCACCGACGUCACGGCGGUGGUGCGGACCAUGCAGCGCGGCCACUCCGACCUCAGCCACCGCAUCCGGAAGCGCGUCACCCUCAGCUCCAUUCCCUCACAGUAUAUGUCAUCUGCCUUGACUGUUGAACCAUAUACACAUGAGGGAGAAGUUGUCAUUGUGGUACCUCCUCUUAAUCCAAAUGAAGAAGAUCAUGAAAUAGAUUUUGGAAGCCCAAAGACCACAGAAAGCACAACUCAUGUAAUAUAUACCCCUGAGUCCAUAAAAGAAGACCUCCAAUACUCAUGGGAUGGUGGUGAUGAUUCAGUUGUAACGGAGAACACUGCACUGUUGAGGAGAGCAGCUGCCACUGAGAUCAUCAUAACCCCUAUCAGUCCAACAGCGUCCUCUGCAGAUCUCAGUCAUAUGGACAGCCAGGAAGAAAAGUGUACAGGAGAAUCAUCAACUAUUGCAGAUAUUCAUAAAAUGGACUUGCUAAAGCCAGAAGUAAUUACACUCUCUGAUGAACCAUAAGAACACUUUAUAUAAGAUUCUGGUAUAAAGCUGAUCAAAGAGACUUUUAACUAUUAUGAAGAGACAAAUGUCCGAAAGACAUUGUGGAAGAGACUGCCAUUAUGUUUCAUUUGCAGUGAGUUUUCAUGUGUAUGUGACAGUUUUAAAUGAAGUGAGUGUUUUAAAGACAAAAAGAAAUGAAAUUACAAAAAUCAUCUUAUUAAUGGAUUGAGAAAGUGACAUUUUCUUUUAUUUUACAAAACAACGAAUUGUUGAA